AGCACAAUCGUGAUCCAUUACCUUCCUUUUCCCUCAAUACACUAAAAAAAGAAAAACUCUAAAAAAGUAUUUUCCUCCAUUUCGUUCUAAUCCAUUCCGAUGAUUCCCAGCGCCGGAAUCCCUAAAAAGCGGCAACGAACCGCCGCCCGCCGUUCCUCCUCCACUGUCGGCACCAUCUCCUCCGUCUCAGACGUAACCCUAACCGAAAUCUCCCAACAACAACACCGUCCCUCUUCCAUGGCUGAUGACCGUCCCGCUCCAAUGGUGGAUGACCGUCCCUCGCCCAUGGCGGACGACCGUUCCACUUCCUCCACAGAUGAAGCUUUCCAUUUCAACGACGCUGUCACUGCUGACGUCUUCCUCCGCCUCUUCAUGGAUUCUCCCUCUCCACUUCAGUCCUCCCCCACCGCCACCGCCACCUCUGAUUCUGUUUCCAAUUCCGACUUCCACGUUUACCUCCACUCCGACAUCCUCCGUCGCUCCAAAUAUUUCUCUGCUCUCCUAUCCGACCGGUGGAUUGGCCACGUCCAAGCAUCAGAUCACGCAACCUCAACCGACGGCGACCGCUUCCUCCUCAACCUCGGUGUUCCCCCCUCUACUGGCUCGAUCCAAUCUCAUCUCACCGUCCUGGAGCUUCUCUACACUAACGACUUCUCUGCCGUGGUGGAUAGCGCUUCAACGGCGCUAGAUCUGUUGCCGGUGGCGCUGGAGCUUCUGUUCGAGGAGUGUGUGCGUUGGUGCGUGGAUUUCCUGGAGGCGGUGCCAUGGACGGAGGAGGAAGAGAAGCGAGUGGUGAGAUUAAUCCCGUUCCUGAGCGAGGAAGAGUCGAAGGAGCUCGUGGCUAGGGUUUCGCCAUCGAGAGAGGACUCGUGCGAAGCGAUGCUCGAGGGUCUGGUUUCGUCGGCGAUGAACAGUUACGGCAACACGGCGUUCGUGAAGGCAUUUGUAGGGAAGAUACUGAGGGAUUUGUCGUCGAGGGAGACGGCGAAGAGAGUGUUGGAGAAGGCGUUCGCUAGAAGCUUGAAGACGGUUAAGGAGUCGUUGGAGGAUUAUUCGAGUCCAGUGUUCAGAGGGGAUCACAACGAAACGGAGGCCAUUCAGAAGCUGAAUCUGCACAAGGCUUCGACGAAUGGGAAUCAUCUUCUGUGGCUUGUGGAAAGAAUGAUUGAGCUUAGGGUUGCGGAUGUGGCUGUGAGGGAAUGGAGCGAGCAAGCGUGUUUCACCGCUGAUUUGCAGAGGGCGUUUCGUGAUGAUUCUUGGAGGAACAUUGUGCCUGGCCUUCCAGCUGUUAUUCUCAUAUGUACAUGUGGACUCGCCAAUGUUGUCUCUACUGGCAUUAUUCUCUCAUCUAGAUAGGUAAUUUUUAGUGUUCACUUUCCUUUGUUCAUGAGUUUAUUAUUCUUUGAUUACGCUGUUUACUCAAACAUACUCUGGCCUUUGGUGAACAAUUGUUGAUGUUGUGGUGUGUGGAAUCUGAUUGCUUAGGUGCAGAAAUAAGGGCAAUUCAACUUUUGUUAUUUCAAAUUGUUAUGUUGUGCUGUUUGUCUUUGUUGAAAUUUAAAGGUUGAAUUCGUGAGUUGAGGAGAAUGUGGGAUUGGAAACAUUAUGUUCGUACCUGGUAUGUGGAAUUCAUUUACUCCGCUCCCUUCCAAAAGCAUAUUUGAUGCUAAGUUCUCAUAUUUGGGUAGGAAAUGCUGGCUAUAGAAUUUCUUUUUUUAAUCGGAAAAAAAGUAUUCUAUUGGAGCCCCCCCAAUUGUGCUGCUGCUGAGUUGCUCUAAAGGGAUUCAGUACCCCUUGAGGGUUGAAGCAUUUGAUCAUCGAACUUGCUAAUUGCAAUGCCAGAUGUGUAAAACUAGAUUGAAUGGUGAGAAGGAAGCUGGUAGAAGACUGGCUACCCGUUUUAGUGGUAUGCAAAGAUAAUGUUUCCCCAAUUUCACCGAGCAACAAAUCGUUGUAUCUGGAACUGGAAGAAACAUUCUUACGUAUCAUCUCCACGUUGCCCAUGUCCGAUGCUCAAGAAUUGCUGCAGCGGUGCCUCAGCUUUUCAACCCGAAACGUUGAAGAUUGUCCUCAUUUGGUCACUGCAUUCAACACCUGGUUCCGCCGUGCAGCCCGACCCCUCAAACCAGAUUCUCUCUUUGAUCAAUAAGUACUUGCUUCGCAUGCUGUCAAAUAUUGUGCAUAUAUGUAAAUACUAUGUUCAGAAACUUAAACUUUAACACCAACAUUGUACAUAUAAAUCCAAAUUCCAAAGUAAACUGUCUUGUCUUUUUAGGACAAACCACAGCCAAAUUACAUAGACAAUUUCCUGGUGCUAGUGACUAAUGGCUUUCUUGGAAAA